GGCUAGGAUAAAAGAGCGUUCUAGAUUUUCAUUCUUCUCCAAAUUUUCAAGUGAAGCAAACAUUUUUUUUUCUCUCGCAAGAACCAAAAAUUAUUCAAGUUCAGAAAAUUCAAAUUAAAAAUUGAAAAAUCUGAAAAUGAGCUUCAGCAAUCGCGAAACCAUAUCGAUUCACCUUGGUCAAGCCGGAAUCCAGCUCGGGAAUUCCACUUGGGAGCUUUACCUGAUGGAACACAAGAUCGGAAAAGACGGAUUAUUGCAGGAAGCGGUCGAACCGAACAACGAUGACGAGAACAGUUUCUGUGGCACGUUUUUUCAAAAAACUUCCAAAGAACAGUACGUGCCACGAGCAGUUUUAGUCGACACGGAACCGACUGUGGUUGAUGAAGUUAGGAACGGCCCGUAUCAAAAGUUGUUUCAUCCCGAUAACAUGAUCAGUGGAAAGGAGGAUGCGGCAAACAAUUAUGCUCGGGGCCAUUAUCACAUCGGGAAGGAAGUAAUCGAUAGUACCAUGAAUGUCAUUCGACGAAUGGCUGAGGAAUCGAACAGUUUGCAAGGGUUCUUCACAUUUCAUUCGUUUGGUGGUGGUACGGGUUCAGGUUUUUCAUCUCUGUUGGCGGAAAAAUUGGCCGAUUCAUUUUCGAAAAAGUGCAAGCUCGAAAUCGCCAUUUAUCCUUCGCCGCACAUAUGCACGAGCGUUGUGGAACCUUACAAUUCGGUACUGACGACCCACGAAUCGAUGGAAUACACUGAUUGCACCUUCUUGGUCGAUAACCAGGCGAUAUACGACAUUUGUCAAACCAAAUUAAAUGUCGAACGACCGAUGUACACCAACCUGAACCGACUAAUCAGUCAAGUCGUGUCCAGUAUAACGGCAUCCUUACGAUUUGGUGGCGCCUUGAAUGUCGAUAUGAACGAGUUUCAAACCAAUCUUGUACCUUACCCCCGUAUUCAUUUUCCCUUGGCUGCUUUUUCACCUUUGGUCCCAGUGGAAAAAGCGAAACACACUUCCAUAACCGUUUCGGACAUAACUUCCCAGCUUUUUGAGCAAGAAUCUCUGAUGGUUAAAUGUAACAUAAGUACCGGCAAAUAUAUGGCAUGUUGCUUGCUAUACCGUGGCGAUGUAGUACCAAAGGAUAUCAAUAGUGCAAUAGCUACCAUUAAGUCUCGACGUACUAUCUGUUUCGUCGAUUGGUGUCCCACUGGAUUCAAGAUCGGUAUUAAUCAGAAAUGCCCGGUCACGAUACCGGAUGGUGAUUUGGCGCCUAUGCACCGGGGGGUGUCGAUGCUUGCCUCCAAUACGGCCAUUACCGAAGCGUGGCAAAAGUUGAAUCACAAAUUCGACAUGAUGUACUCCAAAAAAGCAUUCGUGCACUGGUACGUUAAUGAAGGCAUGGAGGAGCAGGUGUUUCGGGAAGCACGGGAAAAUUUGGCCGCCCUGGAGAUGGACUAUUAUGAAGUGUCGAAGGAUUCCGAAGAUUUGUCAACAGCCCCUGAAGAAUCCAUGGAAGAAUUUUGAUUCACAUGCGCUUCGGAUUUAACUUUGGCUGCGAUAACUAUAGUAACUAAAAAAUUGAAUAGACAUGAAGAAAGCACACGUCCCUAGUUUUGAUAGUAUUAUCGCAAUAACAGGUAACAGGUCAUCUAAUUUUACAUACUCCGAUUUUAAUGAAACUUUCAUCGUUUUUAAUUUUCACUGCACCGGUGCAAUGUUAUA